AUGGGGCUAACUGGCAAUAUGGGGCUUAGAUAUACCUACCUACCUUUUAACUGCCAAAAAGGAUGGGUGAGAGCGGCAACUAUAUCAUACCUAUUGUAUGAUCUUGACUCUGAAAUUGCUCUAUUCUUUAAGGAGCAUGCCCCUACGACACGCCAACAGUGCGAUUCACUUGCGAUUAGCCUCCUUGGUGAGCCGAUCGAAUGUGUACCGAUCCAGGGGCAGUUUAUCUAUAUACUGCUUGCAGGGCCAGAACCUACAAUCAUACAAUUUCGGUCUAUCAAGUCACAGCUCGACCUUAACAUAACUUCGCUCGCGAAGAGUAUACAUGGCACAUUAGCAGCAAAGACCCAGGCAUCCGGGGUGAUAGGAGAUAAUAUAUUUGUCUAUAUUAUUGAAAGGUUGCCCGGUGUUGCCUACGCUACCCUCAGGUUUGAUAUCGAGAAGUUUUUCGCUGCAUCAUGGAUCAAAGCACAGCCGCGACCAGAGAUACAACUACAGAAUGAAUAUGACCGGAAACUCGAACAACUUGCCAAGUCAAUGCCACCCUACCUCACAGAAGCAAUUGUAUUUUGCCGGACGCAAUUGGGUGUCCUCUUUGGUAGUGAUUUUCGCUGGGCAUUAUGCCAUGGUGAUAUAAAUGAAAUGAAUCUACUGGUGGAUGAGAAGACUAGACAUUUAACUGGAGUUGUAGACUGGGCAGAAGCAAGUGUCCAACCGUGUGGGUUAUCCUUGUGGGGGUUGGAAACUCUUCUUGGAUAUUCGGAUAGGGAUGGUUGGCAUUACUAUAGUUCUAGUAAUGCUCUUGAAGAUGAAACAAAUGAUAUCUCGGAGGAUAAUAAGAAGAUUAUCGACAUUUCUAGAAGAGUUGGAAUGUUGCUAAGAUACGGAUUUAUAUGGAUUAAUGGGGUUGAGACGAUGAUAACAGAGCAGACUGGGUUGAAUAGGUUGCGGCGCUUGCAAGCAUUUUUCCAAAGGGUGAAUUUCACAUGGCUAGAAGGAGGAAUGAAUAGCAGACAAAUACGACUGAUGCGUCCCUAUCUAGAUUGUAGAUCAAGCCAUCAAACAGUUGGACAGAUGACUACAAAACGAGGGAGGUGA